CCAGGCAACCGUUUCGUGGGCCUGCUAGACAGCCCAUUGCUGGUCGGCGAGAAGUGAGCUUCUGAGGGACCUCCCCCACUUGUUUUAGGAACUGGAGCUCCUCGGGCUUCUCCAAUCAUACUUCGCCCUGACUCUGCAUAGCUGAGAUAGAAGACGAUGUCAUAUGGCAAACAUCCACGAUUCCUCUUUUUUAGAAAUUUCUACUGUCGAAUACUGGCACUCUCUUACUUUUUGCUGUUGGCUGAAGCAUCGCUUGCCUUAACGAGGUGGUCCAACAGCCUUGGGUAUGUUCCUGAAGAAUUGCUUGCUUCCGAAGUUGGAAUAAGCCCUAGGUGUCGACACGACAUUUCUCUCUACGUGAAACACCUGCAAAGUGGAUCCGACUGGGCUACAAAAAUGUUCGACAGUACGGGUAAAAUGGAGAGUGGUGUCAUGAUGGGAGGACGCACUUUCUUAGGCUUGUUUUCGGAGUGCCUUGAAGCACUGCCAAAAGCUGCCGAACUAUCGGCUCCAAACAAGUACUCGCAACACCUCCCCGCCUUCACAAGCACUUACUGUCUAACCUCCAUACAUCUUCACUCUGAGCAGGAAAUUGACAAACAGGGAUUAGUAAGUUCUAUAUGCAAGAAGUUAUCUGGUGCGGAUAUCACUAUUGGAGCUUGUGUACCAUCUACUUGCACCAAUGAAGACGUCAGUGCAAUUGCUACAUUUGUUUUGUGUGAAGCUGGCUGCAGCGGUAACUCAACAUCAACGAGAUGCCGAAGAGGAAUCCGGGCGCUGGCGUCCGAUAUCCCUGCCGUUGUUGUCACAAUAUUUAUUGUUUUGGUGCUGGUCAUCGUUAUAACUGCCACAGUCAUGGAUUACACUCAGCAUACAAACAAAAAGAAAGAGGCCAUGAAGUUAGAGACAAGGGGCAAGAAGGCGACGAGGCAUGUUGUGACAGCUACAAGAACCGGCAAGUAA